AUGCAUUUGGGAGUUAUUUUGAGUUAUUUGGUAUUUUUAUUUCAUUUCUCUGGAGCUCAUGAUUCGUUUUCAGAUGUUCCAAUAGACGAGGACGUAGAAAUUCCCAUGGAUGAUCCUGAAGAUGCAGGUAACUAUUCAUUAAUGGAUAAAAUGAUUAAUACAGACUUGGUUUCAUUUAACGAUGAGGUUAAAGAUAUCAUUAUACCAAGUUUUGAGAUUCCAAAGUCAAUUUCACCUCAAGUCGAAAAAGUCUUGAAUAAAUCGACACCCUUUUUAAGAUCAUCAAAUAUCAGAUAUCCUUAUAAAGAGACAGGGAAUAUAACAAAUUUAGAGCAAGGUUAUCUGUUAGGAUCCUUUAAUUUUAAGCAAAAUUCUUCUUGGUUUAGGGAAUAUAAUAGCUUAGAUCAAGAAGAUAACUAUUAUAACUUUGACUUAUUCCCAAAAUUUAUUAUUAACAUGAUGCAGGAUUUUAAGAUGUCGCAAUUCAACAUGAAAGUUACAAGUGGUAAUUGGAAUACUGAAUUAUGGGGGUUGCUUCCUUUUGAUAACUUUAAGCCAUGUGAAUCUGCAAAAUCUAUAGUAGAAACUUGGGCUUCUUUAGAAUCUUCUUCUAGAGAAGCAGCUGAUGAAGCUUGGAAGACAGCAGUUGGAGAAUUGAAUGAAAGGUUUAGUCUAUACCUGAAUGGAGACAAUGACUCCACAAAUUUAAUUACAACUGAUUUCAGUAAACAACAAUUGAAGAACAAAGUUUUGAAGAGCAAUAACUUGUUUUAUGUUAACCAUUUAACUUUUCCUACUAUGUCAAUGGAUCGUAGCAAUUUAAAAUAUUUCAUUAAUUUACUUCCUAAUAAAAAUAAAAAUGGAAUUUCGAAGUUGUUAUCAGACAUUGCUGAUUAUGAUUUGAAUUGGCAUAAUAUUAUUCUAGGUGUCGAGAAGAAUUGUGAUGAUAUAACAGGAAUUUGUAAAUAUAACCUUGAGAUGGAUAUUGAUGUGGUUCUUGAUUUUAGAAAAGUCUAUUAG